CUGUAUCUUUCGCAUUUCCCUUCCUUUUCUCUCUUCAACGUUAAUUGCCGUGUUUGAAUUCGAUUGAACGAUUUUGCAGCAAGCCCGGCCGUCCGUCUUCUCUUCCAUUAUGACUUCCUAUCAAUUAUCGACAAAAAUCCUCGCCAUAUGCUUGAUAUCUCUUCCUCUUUUCGUCGCAUUCAGACUCUCCCUUCCCUUCUCAUCAUUCUCGAAUCAAACCCUGAGUUUGGCCGACGCAAGAGUUCUGGACAAAGUGUCUCGGAAUGAUUCCUCCCUGGCUCAAGGCUCAGAAGACGGUUACUCUCAGUCCUCUAGCGUGUCAGAAGAUAAAUUUCUUGGGGGACUUCUUCCUCCUGGGUUUAAUGAAGGCUCUUGCGUAAGCAGGUACCAAUCCUGGCUAUAUCACAAGAAACCUUCACCCCAUAAACCUUCUCCUUAUCUUCUCUCCAGGCUUCGCGCUUAUGAAGAUCUCCAUAAACGCUGUGGACCCUACACCAAAUCCUAUAACAAGACCAUAAAACAGCUUAGGUCUAGAAACAUUGUCAGCUCUGCAGAAUCUUCAGAGUGUAAAUAUGUUGUCUGGGUAUCUUUUAGUGGCUUGGGGAACAGAAUCUUAACAGUAGCAUCGGCUUUUCUAUAUGCCAUCCUUACAAACAGAGUUCUGCUCAUUGACCCAGGAAAAGACAUGCCUGAUCUUUUUUGUGAGCCAUUUCCAGAAACCUCGUGGUUGCUACCCACUAAUUUUCCUCUUAAACGCAGGUUUGAUAAGUUUAAUCAGAAGACUCCGAAUUCUUAUGGAAACAUGCUCAAGAGAAACAAACUAAACGCUUCAUCUGAAUUGUUUCCCUCAUAUUUAUAUCUUCAUCUGGUUCAUGAUUAUGAUGACCAUGAUAGACUUAUAUUCUGUGAUCAACACCAAACACCCAUGAACAGAGUUCCUUGGUUAAUUAUGAAAUCUGACAACUACUUUGUUCCAUCACUCUUCUUGUCCCCUUCUUUUGAUCAAGAACUAAGUAGAUUAUUCCCCGACAAAGCAACUGUUUUCCACCACCUGAGUAGGUAUCUUUUUCACCCCAGUAACCAAGUUUGGGGCCUAAUCACUAGAUAUUAUUGGACCUACUUAGCAAAAGCAGAUGAGACAAUCGGUAUACAGAUUCGAGUCUUUGAAUCUUCCUCAGGGCCAUAUCAGCAUGUAAUGGACCAAAUCCUGGCCUGUACAUUGAAGCAGAAUCUGCUGCCUGAAGUUGAUCAGCAAGAAUCUUCUGCCGAUCCAUCAGUAAAACCAAAAUCAAAAGCUAUUUUGAUGACAUCUUUAAGUUCUGGGUACUUUGAGAAUCUGAGAAACAUGUAUUGGGAACACCCCACAGUGACUGGAGAUUUGAUUGGGAUUUAUCAGCCAAGCCAUGAAGAAUAUCAGCAGACAGAGAAGCAAUCACACGAUAGAAAGGCAUGGGCUGAAAUGUACCUUCUGAGUCUAACAGAUGUUUUAAUCACAAGUGCAUGGUCAACGUUUGGGUAUGUGGCCCAGGGCCUUGGAGGGUUGAAGCCAUUGAUUCUCUUCAAACCAGAGAAUCGCACUGUACCAGAUCCACCCUGUGGUCGUGUCAUUUCAAUGGAGCCAUGUUUUCAUGCCCCACCAAAUUAUGAUUGCAAGGCAAAGACGGGGGCUGAUCCUGGCAAUCUUGUUCCUCAUGUGAGGCAUUGUGAAGAUAUGAGCUGGGGCCUCAAGUUAGUUGACAGACAUGAUGAUAUUUAA